AACAUCUAAACUAAUUUCCAACACCACAAGUUGUGUGAUCUCACAAGAGUGGUAGAGUGAGAGACAGCACUACUAUGGCUUCAACUCAAUGUUUCUUGUACCACCAUGCCCUCACUUCUAGAGCCUCAUCAAUACAACGCCUAGUGGUAAAUACCAAGCCAAACCAGGUGUUUUGCAAGGCCCAAAAGCAAGCAACCCAAGAGGAAGAUGAUGCUAGUAUUGUCUCUCGCCGGUUAGCUCUCACUGUGCUCAUUGGUGCUGCUGCUGUUGGCUCUAAGGUCUCUCCUGCUGAUGCAGCCUAUGGGGAAUCUGCCAAUGUGUUUGGAAAACCAAAGACCAACACAGACUUCCUCCCAUACAAUGGAGAUGGAUUCAAACUUUCUGUUCCCUCGAAGUGGAACCCAAGCAAAGAGGUUGAGUACACAGGUCAGGUUCUUAGAUAUGAGGACAACUUUGAUUCAACCAGCAAUGUCGUUGUCACAGUGACUCCAACUGAUAAGAAGUCCAUCACUGACUAUGGUUCACCUGAGGAGUUCCUCUCUAAGGUGGAUUAUUUACUAGGAAAACAGGCCUUCUUCGGCGAAACUCAAGCUGAGGGUGGUUUUGAUCCAAAUGCUGUUGCCACCGCAAACAUCUUAGAGAGUUCAACACCUGUUGUUGACGGGAAACAGUACUAUGUUUUGACUGUGUUGACAAGGACUGCUGAUGGAGAUGAAGGUGGUAAGCACCAACUGAUUAGAGCAGCUGUGAAAGAUGGAAAGCUAUACAUUUGCAAGGCUCAAGCCGGAGACAAGAGGUGGUUCAAAGGAGCAAGAAGAUAUGUGGAGAGCACAGCAAGUUCUUUCAGUGUUGCUUAAGAACUUAAUAGAGUGUCAUGCUGCAUGUGAAUCAAGUUCUAGUGCUAUUAUGUGUUGGGCUUUCCAGCCUCCCUGUAGUCCCUAAGUUUCAUGGUUUGAGGGACUUGGUGUGACUAAGUAUCUAAAUACUUAAUUUGCAUGGCAUUGUAAAGACAGGCCCACCAUAGUUUAUUUUUCUUUUUAUACCCUUUAAGUGUGUGAUUAGAUACUAGUUGAGUGUGACAUAAACCGAACUUCAUCUCAAAACAUAUGAUAAGUUUCCUUCACAUUUUUCCUUGAA